AUGGAUUUUCCGGAGAACGCAUGCAGUGCAGCAACAGCACCUUAUGAGAACAUGGUGAUGGCCGCUCCGGUCCCAAGUCCGGAGGCUGGGGUCCCAGAAGAGUUCAGGCUUCUUGCUCAACUUCUGGAUCGCAGUAGAAGCGAGGGUUGGGGUUUCCUUCGUCAGGGCCCUGAGAGCGGGAUGGAUAUGGAUCUUCAAAAGCUUCUUGCACCCGCGAAAAUCGACGAUCGAGGCAGUCCUUCAGGGUUCACACAGCCUAGAAAGCGCUCCUACAAGCGAGCGAUUCUUCGGGCGAGGAGAUGGGGAUACACGCAGUACAAAGGCACAGCGGUCGACGAAGGCGACCUCACGGGCAUGUACACCAACAAAGCACAGCAAACUUGCCGUCAGCGUCACAGGUACACAGGGUCAUUGACGCGAUCGGAGGCCUCGCUCUCCUUGCUUUCAUGGAAUUGCGGGGGACUCAGUACACUGCAGGAUGAGCUGUUCACUUGGCUUGCUUCCACCGAUUACCAGAUAGUAUGCCUACAAGAGACAUGGUUUAAGAGUCACAUGGACUACAGCACCAGGGGCUGGCAUUGUAUCAACUGCGGCGUCGGUGAGAGCGCAAAGCGGGGGCAAGCAGGAGUGAUGGUUUUAUUGAGGGCUAGCCGAUUUGAUCAGCAGAGCAUUCGCUUCAAUUAUGUGGUGGCAGGGCGACUCUUGCACGUGAAAGCCUACGGCAAGGGCAUAGGCUGGGUGGAGAUAGUCAACGUCUACCAGCAUGCGUGGGGACUGCACGGCGAACAGACCACCAUAGAGGCCAAGAGGGCUACACUCUGGGAGAAGAUGAGGCUGACGUUGGGCCAGAUCCCUCAGAGCAGUGCACUUAUCGUUUGUGGUGAUUUCAAUACAGCGCUUCAGCACCGAGCUCCAUAUGUGGGUCGAGGUCUUCCGAGGCAGCAGCAGAGUUCGUCAGAUGCAGAGGCUCUGGAACACAUUCAGAAUGAUUUUGAUUGCAUUGCUGCCAACACUUUUCACAGGUCCGGGUCGUACACAUACAUACAUGAGGGAUUCGCGAAAGCACGGCGCUCAUUCAUUGACUAUGUGAUGCUCCGAAGACACAAGCACCGCUCCAUCACUUCCAAAAUCAUCAGCGAUUUUGAGGUGGGACGCUGGCGAGCAGGAGGACGGCAUCUACCUGUCCAUGUGGUCUUCACGCAUCGACCUUACUACUCCAGUAGUCCCAGAACCCCCUGCGCAGAAUGGCCGAGCUGGAAAUGCAAACUACUCGCUCAACAGGUCAAGGAGCAUCCCGAACUUGUGGAGCAGUUUCAGCAGCAGGUUGCGGAAUCCCUAACGGCUGUCACCUCUUACGAGCCCCAGCAGCUGAAUGACCUGCUGCUUGAGGCCGGCAAAAAGGUCUUCACGAUCCGGAGGCCCCCGAGCUUACCUGCUCCAGCUGAGGACCCAGAACAUGUCGUUACCAUCAAAACCAUGUGGGGACACUACAGGGAGAUGCGCAAAGCUCAGCUGGAUCGCUCCGGCAGUGGGCGGGCUACGCUGCGAGGAGCCAUUCAGGCUUGGCGACAUUGGAUGCAGUUCCAUCGCAUGCAUCGGCAGGUACAGAAACACAGUCGUAGUUUGCGACGGCAGCGGUUCGAAAGGCUCCUGGCUGAGGCGCAGGCCCAUGAACGCUCGGGUUGCAGUUCGGCGAUCUUCGACUUAUUGCGUAGGCAUGCACCGAAGCAAGCCCGUCGGCGUGCACAACUGCGAGAUGUGAGUGGCAAGCUCAUGACUCCAGCAGAAGAAGCACAGGUACUGCUCACCUUUUGGCAAAGUGUCAAUGGUGGAACCAGGCCCAGUGGAGACGAGCCCACCAGCUACACGUUCCAUAUCACAUGCGAGGAGUGA